AUGGUGUGCUAUCCCUUCCAUAUGAAGUUUCACAGCACUCGCCUGAGGACGUUGACGCACCGGGUCUUAUGCCUCUCAGGCACGGCUGCCGUCCUGGUCACCUUCAACUAUGUGGUUUUCGUGUUUGCAGAUCCCAAUAUGUUUGACGAGUUCCGGGAAUCUUAUCUUCAAGACGACACGACCUCCAUCUUCAUGCAGCCUUACAGCAAGUACCUGGUGGGCGUGAAUGCGCUGAUUCUGGCCCUCAUAGUGCCAUGUUUUGGCUUCUUUGGCGCCAAGCGCAACAAUCGGCCCUGCCUGGGCUGCUUCGUGUGCUGCAGCUGCUGCGGUGGCUGUCUGCACGUCCUUCAUGCCAUUCUGAUGAUCCUGCUGCUGAUAGGGCUCAGCUCGGUGGAGACGGUGUGCCGAAGGAAUGGAAGCUGUGUAGGCAUCAUGGAGGCAUGUAAAUAUCGCAAGAGUGAUGACUAUGCCCUGGACACCUAUGAGGGAUGUCUGGACUACUUGGUUUCCAAGUUUCCACUGGCCUAUGCGGGGUUGGGCCUGGUCCUGGGUCUAAACUCCGUGGUGAUCUGCUUCCAAUGUUUCUCUGCACGCUGGGGAUACGAACUCCAUGCGUCAGGGAUCUCCCAGGGCAAAGCCCUGCUGUUUCAUAGCCUCCUUUUAAAAGUGGUUCAACAGCCAUCGCCAUCAACGGCCAUCAACGGCCAUCAACAAAGAUCCCACUGCACGCAGCAGCCAUGUCGGCGACUUCCUGGGCCACUUGAUGCGAUGGACGAUACCGUGGAUGAUGAUUUUAUCGAGCUGCCAAAGCAGUUGACUGGUCGUGAUGUGGCGCUCUUCUUGGAUCCCUUCGGAUUCCAGGCAAGCACGCAAAUGGAUUGGCAAAAGGGUACCGAGAACCCGGAGUUCACCAUCCGGGUCCAUGGACAUUCGACCUGUGGCCGCCACUUGCAUUACAUCAUCGAAUGUCACUUGUGGCGGGGCAAGAAGACUCCAGAGGAACGGCCCUGGGUGGAAUGGAAGGUCUCCAGGCGCUUAGCCCAUCUCCGGGCAGGACUACAUGACCUGGUGAAGCACUACUUGGGCAGCAGUUACCAGACCUACUUCUGCCAGGUGCCCUUCGCCCAUCGCCUGCGACCCGUUGGCACCACCUGUCGCCUGGACCGCUGGUGCUCGCGCAUGGCCGUGUGCCUCAGUUCCCGGCUGGUGCCGCCCAUCGUGGCGGCGAAUGUGCUGCGGGUGCUGGGGGCGCCGGAUCUGAAGAGCUGCGAACUGCCAGGGGUCACGUUUUGCGAUCAGAUGUGCUCGGAGGCAGAUUCGCACGGACCCACCGACCUGCCAACACAGGACGGCGACGACUCCUCCCUGGAUUUGUCGGAGACCCGCAUCUCGGAAGAGUGGAGUUUGUCCACACGAUCAGCAACUGGCUGAUGGCCACUUGCGAGAAGCGUAUGCUGAUUGAGGCAAGGCCUGGAACUGCAUUGGUUACCUUUAUUUGUCG